UUUUUUCUCUGUAACGGUUUUGAGAAGGCCUAAGAUUUCAUUAUUAUUUCGUCAGACGUCUUCAGACAGACAUCAAAGAAUAGAUUGUCGAUCAAACUGUCGAGAGAACAGCCUAAGGUGUUCGCAUUCUUUUUGAGUUGAUAUUUCAUCUAUAAGUUGGCCUUAGUAAGCUAUGAAAGACCUUCAAAGGAUUUGUACCCAUGAGCAUUACUUGACAAGUUUUAAAAUGUUUGAGUAUUUUUCAUGCAUAUGAAAGUAAUGUCAAAUACUUUUUGGUAAUUAUUAAAAGAUAGGAGACUGCAAAUCUUUUUGAUAGUGAAUUUAAUGAAAACUAGAUUAUAGUAGACUUUCAAACGUUUUUUCUUUAGUAUCAUUUCUAUUAGAAUAUAAACUAUUCAUUUUCACGAUUUUCAUAUGAAGUCGAAUGUACACUAUUCAGCAUUGCGAACAAUUCAAAACUUGACAAGUAACUUUCAUGGGCAUAAACUCUUUAGAGGUUUAUCAUAGUUCGCCUAGCUCUACUUAUGGGCAAAAUAUCAACUCAAUAGAGUUGAAAUUUUCAGGACGCUAUACUGAUAAAUACAUCUGUCUAUGUGAAAAAUCUCAUGUCGAAAUACCGUGAUUCGAUUUGUUGGUAUAUAUAUCAUAACAGAGACUAAAAUUCCAGUGAAAUGCCUAUAAUUCUGAACAGAAGGCUUAAGAGAACUUAUUCUUUGCAGGUUUUUUUCAUGUGUCAUUAGAGUCUACCUUAUGCAUACAGUACGAAUUCAAAAGUGAUUGACCAGUUAGAAAAAUUUCGUCGUUAUAACAAACGCAAUCAAUCCUAUUAGUUAGCAAGAUUUCUGAAAAACUUUUUGAAAACGAAUUUAUUUUCUAAAGCUUUUAUUGAGCUUGACGGUGUGCUGCAUAUAAAAUGUAGUAUAUUUUUUUUUUGAUAACUAACAUAGUCAUAAGACUCAGUUUGAUGCCUUUCUGAAGGUACCUGAGAAGACAAUAUGAAAUCCUAGAUCUUCUGAAAAAUCGUCCGAAAUUCUGGACCGAAGCGAAAAUAAACUUUAAAUUACAUCUAAUUCUGUAGAAAACAAUUAAUAGAUUAGUAUGUCAGAUUUUUGGGAAUACAACGUUUUUUUUCUUUUACAGAUUCAAUGAAAAAAAACCGACCUGCAGAGUUUUUUCAAAAGAAGAUUUUGCUUAUGAAAAUAUCCCUUCAAGUUUUGACUAAUGAUAACUGAAAAUCACAUAACUUUCAUCUUGCAUUCUAAGUACUUUGACUUCUGACAACAAGAAUAAUUCUCCUAAGCAAGAAUUCUUUAAUAUAUAUUUUUUUUCUAGCUGGUUUUGAAUCUCGCGAUGGUCGCCGUCAUCCAUCAGGAAAUAAUAAUAAUAAUAAUAAUAAUAAUAAUAAUAAUAAUAAUCGAUCGAAUGAUAGAUUUCGUCAAGGUGGACGUCGUAAUAAUAAUAAUUAUAAUAAUUAUAAUCAACAAGACACUUCUCAAAAUGUUACUGAUGGUUAUGUUGAAGAUGGAUAUAAAGAUGAAUCUUUUAAUAAAGGAAAUUAUCGUUCAUCAACUUCAGGUAAAAUUCAUGAAUAUCAUCAUAGUCAAAGUCAACAACAUAAAAUAUCUAAUGAUGAUGUUUUUAUUGGACCUGAUACACCAGCAUCAAAUGAAGAUACAAUUAAUCAAACACAUAAUGAUCAAACUAUAACAACAACAUUUGCUCGACAAGAAAGUCGUAAUUGGGCUGAUUGUCCUAUUGAUGAAACUGUUACUGAACCAUCACCACCACCAAGUGUUAAUAAUACAUUUAUUAGUGAUGAUUUUCAAAUUGUUCGUAAUAAAAAUGUAAAAUCUCGUACAAAUCAACAAUCAUCAUCAUCAUCACGUUCUAUGGGUAAUCAAUUUAAUCGUAAUCGUAAUAAUGGUAAUCAUCAUCGUGAUGGAAUGUCACAAAUAGUUGGUGGACGUAAUUAUUAUGAACAACUUCCAACACAAUAUAUAAAUCAUUCUCAACAAUUUUAUCAUCAACAUCAAAUUCAUAUGGGUUCAUCAUAUCGUAUGAAUAAUAAUAAUAAUAAUAAUAAUAAUAAUAAUAAUAAUAAUAAUAAUAACAACAAUAAUAAUCGACAACAACAAUCAUCAGGAUCACGACAACGAUUAAAUUCUAAUAGAUCAAAUAAUAGUCGAAAUUAUAAUGAUAAUAAUGGACAUAGAAAAAAAGGAACUAGUGAUAGUUCGAAUGAUAUUAAUAAUAAUUCAGUAUCAUCUGAAACUCGACCACGUUUACAUUUAUUACCUCGUUCACAAAAACUUUCAUCAUCAACCGAUGAUAAUCAAACAACAGAACCAGCAACACGAAAUGCGAGUAUUUUUGGUUGUGGUAAACCACGUGAUGAACGUGAUCCAAAAUUGGUUGAGUUAAAUAAACAUAUUGAGGAAGUAGUUGAAAAAGAACAACAUAUACCUCGAACUAAAUCGUCUCCAUCGAAUGGAUCAAUAGAUGUUGUCGCCAAGUAA